GCGCGUUGUCCCGUGUGCUGAAGGUUUCUUUUCUUAUUUGUUGUUGUUGUUGUUGCUGCUGCGUGUAGCUACUGCGAACGUACGAAUUUUCGUAGCGCUGCUGCUGAUGAUGCUUCAGUUGGUUUGAGACUCGCGAGAUUAGCCCAAGUGUGCGUACUUCCUCGCUGGUGGUGUGGUGGUCAAGGUGUCAACGCUUCAAAACUCGCUUCAACUCACUCCAGUGCCGGUUGUUACCAAAAAAGGAGUAACAAAAACAGCAGCUGUAACUAUAAACAGCUGGUUGUGCACACGCGGCGAGAUACGACGCGGGACCAGAACCCACGCCUGCGAGAGAGCCGAACAGACAGAGAGAGUUUGAGCGAGAAAAGUUAUCAGUGUUUGGCAGAGGGCAAACCCUUGAAGGCGAGGGGUGGCUUUACAUCAGCGCUGAUUCGCAGCAGUGUACCGCUCUCGCGGCAGCCUUUCCGGAAGGAAUCGAGAGACCGCGAACCGUUCGUACGUGUGUGUUUGUGUUUGUGACUGUCUAUCGGUGUGACCGCGAACGGGGAGGUGUAACUAAAGGGAGGGCUAGGUGAAGCUAACGCGCGCGCACACACAUACACACCGCAACCAUGGCGCUCAGUCAUAUGCUAACGCUCUGCCAGCGGAGUGCCGCCGUAAGCUCUCGAGGCCUGCUAUUGCGCCCGGGCAGUGUGCACGUACGACUAGCGGCCGCCCCAGUGCCAGAGCAGCAGCAGCACGGUCCAGCAGCAGCAGUAGCAGCAGAGUCGCCAAUCAACCAGCAGCAGAGCCGCACGUUCCUCACGAUGGCGUGCGUACAGCAGCAGCAGCGAUGCGUGUCCGUCGACAACAUCAACCCGGCAAUCAAAAGCAUGGAGUACGCGGUCCGCGGCCCGCUGGUCAUCCGUGCCGGUGUCAUCGAGAAGGAGCUGGAGGAGGGUGCGAAAAAACCCUUCAAGGAAGUGAUCCGCGCCAACAUUGGCGAUUGCCAUGCGAUGGGCCAGCCGCCGAUUACCUUCAUUCGACAGGUGCUGGGGCUCGUGUCGUACCCGCCGCUGUUUAACGACCCGUCGAUCCCGGCGGACGCGAAGCAGCGCGCCCGCGCCAUCCUCGACGGCUGCAAGGGCGGCUCGGUCGGCUCGUACUCGGACUCGGCCGGCAUCGAGGUGAUCCGGCGGCAUGCGGCCGAGUACAUUCAGCGGCGCGACGGCGGCAUCCCGGCCGACUGGCAAAACAUCAUCCUGUCCGCCGGUGCGUCCGGCGGCAUCAAGGUGCUGAUGGCACUGCUGCGCUGCCCGAUCGACGGCAAGAAGCCGGGCGUGAUGAUACCGAUCCCGCAGUACCCGCUGUACUCCGCGACGAUCGCCGAGUUCGACAUGGAGCAGAUCGGCUACUACCUGGACGAGGCGAACAAGUGGGGCCUGGACAUUGCCGAGCUGGAGCGGUCGCUGAAGGAGGCGCGCAAGACGUCGGCACCGCGCAUCCUCGUCGUGAUCAACCCGGGCAACCCGACCGGCCAGGUGCUGUCCCGGUCGAACAUCGAGGACAUCAUCAAGUUUGCGCAGCGCGAGCGGUUGGUGCUGUUCGCGGACGAGGUGUACCAGGACAACGUGUACGAGAGCGGCUCGCAGUUCCACUCGUUCAAGAAGGUGAUGAUGGAGAUGGGCGAACCGUACAGCAAGAUGGAGCUGUGCAGCUUCAUGUCCUGCUCGAAGGGGUACAUGGGCGAAUGCGGCAUCCGGGGCGGGUACGCCGAGAUCGUCAACCUCUGCCCGGACGUGCGCACGAUGCUGCUGAAGUGCAUUUCCGCCCAGCUCUGCCCGACCACGGCCGGCCAGGCCGUGCUGGACUGUGUGGUCCAUCCGCCGCGCAAGGGCGAACCGUCCUACGAGCAGUUCGAGAAGGAGAAGGCGUCCGUGCUGGAGUCGCUGCGCGAGCGGGCCGAGCUGGUCGCGCGCACGUUCAACUCGAUCGAGGGCUUCUCGUGCAACCCGGUGCAGGGGGCGAUGUACGCGUUCCCGCAGAUCCGGCUGCCGGCGAAGGCGCUCGAGGCGGCCAAGAAGGACGGCAAGCCGGCGGACACAUUCUACGCAUUCCAGCUGCUCGAGGAGACAGGUAUCUGCAUCGUGCCCGGUUCCGGCUUCGGGCAGCGCCCCGGUACCUACCAUUUCCGCACCACCAUCCUGCCCCAGCCGGAAAAGCUGAAGGAAAUGCUCGGCCUGUUCAAGUCCUUCCACGAGAAGUUCCUGCAGAAGUACAAGUAAGCUGGAUGAGCGCGAGCGCCAAGCGUGGGCAGACUCGAUGCGGGUUGCGAGAAGGCGGGAAGGAAGCAGAUCACAAUAUUUAGUAGGUAGGAGAAGGAGAGCGAGGAGAGCGAUCGUGCAGGACCGGCACACAUCACACACACAGCCACACAUUGGUCGCUAAGCAGCAUCGCGGAAGAAUUGGGCAAACAUAUCGUGCCGGCAGCGAUUGAGCAGAGAUCGAUCAAGCGAGUAGGCAGUAAAAUGGAGACCGCUUAUGUGUAGACGAAGCAAUUUAAUUGCAAUUUCUUCAAGAAAAAUAACGGCACUGGGAUGUGAUGCAAACAAAAGGUACACCUCUACAGCCGUAGGUGAUAGAGCGAACAGUGGAUGCAACACCAGCACCCAGGCAAAACGGAUAUCACGCAGCGAUAAAGAAAUGAUCCUACACGAAACAACAAAAACUCCUCGAUUUGCUCUUGCUUUUUAAUGUAAUUUUCUUGUAGCCUGUUCGUACGGCGUUCUUGUGUCCUCACGAAACGUUCUUUCAUUUUAAAAAAAUCCUGUGACCCUUGCACGUUUGUGUUUGUAAUGCCAGCCCCACAAAGUGUAACCAGUUUAGCAUGGAACACUAAGUUAUAUCUUCUGAUUCGCACCAAGUUGAAACAAUAACGUUUAAGCUUUGUUGGAAUGUUUGCUCUAUCGACACUACACACACAGGUAUUAGAAAAACAAAAAAAUAAUAAGCACAGCAUUGUUAGUCGGUAAUGUGUACGAUGUGUUUUGGAUUGUUGAAACGUUAAGGAAGUAAGAACAUUUAAUGUUCUGUGUUUCCAAUUCCCUUACAUUACAUUUCGCUUCCGGUACAACCGGACGCAGCGAAAAAAUAGAGAAUAUUAUUCAAAACAAAAGAAAAAAAUACAAUUUGUGAUGCUAAUAAGUUUAAUCUAAAAUGGAGCGCAAAAACUUAUUCGAAACUUAAAAUAGUGUAGCACACUCCCAGAUUGCAAUGAUGAGCGCAUAAACACAUCUGACGUUGGCACGAGCCAUUACUGGAACUAAUUGAAAAAGUAUGAUAAAGAAAAUUAUGUUCACGCUUUGCGGCGUUGCGUUUCGGUGUUUUAGGGGGUGGUUUCUCGUACACGCACACGUUUUCCUCGUUUUAGUCGAGUUCACUGGUGCUUACAAGCGGAAGGGUCGCUAGCAGUUGUCCGUUGCGGGGUUAAGCAGAGUUAGCCAAGUGUCUUAACGAACGAACCGUGCGUGUGUAUGAGACACGGUAGGGCCAAAUUUAAUAACAUACACACACAGACAAACGCAAAUAUUAAACUGUCGAGCAAAAUUUUACGCAACACAAUUGGGAAACUCUAAGACAAUAAUUUUUGCAUAGUGCCGCCUGGCAGGAAAGUAAAAGUGAAAAUUUAAACUGUGUAGAACCUUAAUGCGGUCGUUCCGAUUCUCGCGCGCGUAUGUGCUUGUUCAUCAGCAAAUGCAUUGUUUCGUCCUAAAGUUCACAGUUUUUUUUUUAUGUUUGCUUUCCAUAACAAAACCCAGAGGCACAAGCGACUGCCCUCGUAACACUACGACCUACGACCAAACUCGCACUCAAGAACAGUCCAGGAAACAACAUCACAUAGCCAUACCGGGGUAAAUCUCAACAUGAAAAACAUUUAAAAAAACAAAAAACACUGCCCACAGGUCUCAGAGACAGCAAGUGCUACAGCACCUAUGGCCAUAGAUUUCUCAUCGCUUAGCACCAUCCGGAGCUCGCGCACCCAAGUGAAACAGCUCUGAGCACAUACAUAUGGAGAGCAGCAGCAGCGUGUCUGCUGCUUUAUCCUUUAUCUCUUUAUCAUCAUACCUGUUGGUUCGCGCCUUGAUUGCAACAUAUUUAGCCCGCCCGCGUUUCAAGGAUUGUCGAAAAUAUAAAUCAAAUAAAAGUAUAUAUAUAAAAUCGUU